CCCGAUUGAAAUUUCUUUAAUUUGUAUAUUAUACAAAUUAAUUAUUAUUACGUUGAAUUACGGUUAAGGUUUCCUAGUUCAGUUACAGAUCAGUAAAUAGUUACUAGGUAAAUACAAUACUAUGUAGAAGUAUGUAGCGAUAUUAUCUUGUUGACUUUAAUUUGUAUAUCAACGCUUUGAAAGAAUACGAACAAAAUGUGGGGUAUAUUUAAAAAGGAAAUCUAGUGCGUGUGUAUGUAUGUGUAUGUGUCUCGUGUCCCCUUGAUGGGUUUUCGGGCAGAUGACGGGAGAUUCACUUCAAUAUAUACAUAUGAACGACAUUUUAUGCACGUAGAAGAGCUAAACGAUUUCUGUGUUCUGCCCGACUGAGAAUGUCCUGACCGGGUAUCUAACGCUAAACUCACGAAGGGAUUUUCAACAUUUCAAUAUAGUAAGGUAUUAUUUUUACGAUUUUUGUAUGUGUGUCUAUCACGUCUGUGUCACUCUGUGUGGUAUGUAUGGAUCUGAAUUUAUUUUACAAUGUCGAAAGCUGCCAGUUGGCAUAGCUAAUAGAUUUUAAUAAAUUGAUGUUUUUUUGUUAUUAAACUGAUAGUAUUUUGACAACUUUGACGUAAUGAUUUUUUAGUGCUUUUAUUAUUAAAAAACCCUUUUAUAUUUAAUUAUUAAAUCAAACUUUCUUUUCAAAUUGUUAAGAAAGCGCUUAAGUCGUGUGGGAUGAAAAUUUCAAGUUAAAAUGGGCGACGGGUUAAAGAUAACUAAAGAUAAGCGUCAUAGAAGUUCUAGUAGUAUCGCUGGAGGCCCUUUAGAUGGGACACGUUCUGAAAGAAAAUUGGAUUUAAGGGCAUCUAUACCUGAAGUCGAUGACCAAUUUGCUUUAGCGGAAGCAAGGUGUGAUGAAUUGCAGGAAAAAAUUGAUUUAGUGAAGGGCCUAAAGCGUAGGCGAAAACUUAAAAAACGAAGUAUGACUCAUUUUACAGAGCAGGCAAUGCCUGUCGAAAAUGUUCCAUUUAUAAGUGUAAGGACUCAACCUAAAAAGACCUUGAUGGUUACAGAGGUGUCACAGCAAGCAGCAAGGUUGAGACGACUAGAGACGCCCGCAAAUCCGACCCGGGGCUAUUUAGACCCGGCCACGUUAGAACAACACCAAAUGGUAGGUCAGGUCCGAGGGUACAAUCAGAUGUUUUGGCAGCCGAACAAGCAAAGUAAUGCUGCUCGGAAAUCGCCUAAGCCUCGCGACCGUCGCGGCCAUCCAGAAGGAGACGCUAUGUAUCGCCUGGAUUAUUCAACGAACGUAAAAGCAGAGCCUCAUGAGGUCGCUUGCGGGGAUGACGAUGUAGUCGGCGACUAUUCGGAUGACAAUGUUAAUAACCAGCAAUAUAACGAUUUUUAUCUAGGGUCAGUCACGAUGAAUAAAAAGCAGCAUGAUGGAAAAUCUCAAUCGAAGCAAACUGGCAAUCGUCGACGUCAUGUACCAAAGGAAGCUUCGAUCAAGGAAGCGCCUCCACACUGGAUGUACGGUGUAAUAGAUCAUUCGCAAGAAGUGAAUAGAGCACCCGGAUAUGGAAAAUAUAAACAGCAAAAUUCAAAAGAAAUGCAGAGCACUGGCACAGGAGUGAAUCAAUCUGAAGAAAGACCCGUAGUAGAGUUAUUUAAUAAGAGUCGUAGCAGUCCGUCUGCCGAUUCUGGGCAACGGCAAGCGUAUCAAAGGAUUUCGUCACCCGAUGCAAGAUCUAAAAAAGUUCGUGAUACACAAGCCUAUGUUGAUGAUGGCACAAUUCCACACAGUGACGCUACGGCGACUCCGGUGGAAACUGUGAAAAAGCCAAAGGAGCACCGUCAUCCACGUCGUGUCAAGUACCGCAGUCGUCAUUACGAAUUGCCGACCGUGGCAUCUCAGAUGAAACAGGCGGGCAUGCGUUGUUACUAUGGCAACGCGAACCGCACGAAUAUCCCCUUUAUAGUGAGCAAGAGUACUGCGCCCUCGCAUAAUAUUGGUGUUAAUAUCCAGCAGGUUUUGAAUGGUCUUAAAAUACAACAGCCUUUAUCUGGAAUUCCUCUGACGAUUGCGCAUCAUAUGGGUUUGGGGCACAUACCUACGUAUGGGACGAAAAGUGCUACAGUGACACCAUCUCUAGACAACCGCGAGAUCAACGCAAUCAGAGUGGGCAGGCGUUUGUUGCGUCUGCCCUCGUACAAGUACAUGUCGUACAACCGUCUGCUGAGCAUGUACCGCGAGGGAGACGGCAUGGUGCCAAAGUUCCUGCGGGCGAUCAGCCGGCCGCACUACUUCUACACUUCUAUGUAUAACAGUCUGACAAUGAAUCGGGAUGACUUCGACAACGCGACGUCCAAAGGCCAGGGCGGGUGUCAGGAGGCCAAGCAGAGCCUGGCGGAGUAUGCUAGCUUGUACCGCGAGUACGAGCAAGUGGAGAAGUGUCUGAACGAGAACUAUGACCCGGAACUAGAGAGACGUAAAGAAGACUUGUCGCGGCAAUUGGCAGCCCGUGAGGAACACAUACGCAAGGUUGUCCAAGAUUUCCGAAACUCAACUGAAGGCGAUAUGCCGCUAAGAGCAUCUGCUUCAAACGCAGAAGAUGGCUACCGGCAUUCAAGCUACAAGAUCAACCAAGACGGAUCACACCAAUGAUACGAGCUUUACUAAAAAUUGGACCAAAUUAUAUGUGCCCGUAGAGCAUUUUUGUCAAGUACAUACAAAUAUAUAUUUAUGAGGGUUCUUGAAAAUUCAGGUUCUUAAAAUAACAGUUAUCAAGCUGGAUCUUCUUUCUAAAUUAAUAAUCUAUCUCACGGAUGCCAUAAGAGAUAGGUUAUGUUCGCGGGUCGUUAAUGUUUAUCUAUAAUAAUAUAUAGAUAUUAUUGGGGAAGAAUUGCUGAUGCAUUUAUUCCUUGUAAGAUUCGAAAAUCAGCAUAGAUUCUAUAAAGAAACUGUUCCAUUGUUCAUCAAUAAAACAUUUUACUUGUCGACGCUGUUCCAUGCUGUCGAAUAGGUCGGGUUCCAAAACGUUCUAAUUAGGUUUAGCUUGAUAAGGAAACGUAGUCUAGUGUUAGUUCUGGGCUUAAUUUCCAGUAGAAUUAUAUUUAUUUGUAUAUUUUGAUAUCUACUCAAUAAAUUUUUAAAAAUUUUUGAACAACUCUAAUGCAUAUUUUAUAUUAUCAAUGUUAGAAAGCUUAUGAUUGUUGCGAUAAAUUAGUCAUUGUGU